CACAGGCAGCGAAUCCCGGCUGUUGUCUGGAGGAUUUCGUGCGCUGGUAUUCUCCGAGAGAUUACGUGGAGGAGGAAGGGGUGGAGGCGGGAGAGACGGUCAUACGGGGCGACCGGAGCCCCCGCAUGAAGAUCCCGGGGAACAUGUGGGUGGAGGCCUGGGAGACGGCCAAAGCCACGCCGGCCCGCCGACAGAAGAGGCUGUUCGACGACACCAAAGAGGCUGAGAAGGUGCUGCAUUACCUGUCGCAGCAGAAAGCGUCGGAUCUGACGCGGCACCUGAUGCCCUGUGUGCUGCACGCGGCUCUGCUCAAGAUCAAGGAGGAAGAGGCGACUGAAGACAUCGCGUCGGUGCGUAAAGCUCUGCAGCAGGUCACCGCUCACGCCAGCAAACUGCUGCGGCACCCCAACCCUGACUUCAAGAAGCUGGAGGACGUCAUCGUUCAGAUGAGCGCGGUGGAGGCCGUCAUCGCCUGCGCCCGAUCGCUCAAGGCCAAGUUUGGCAUCACCGGAGGACAGCGGGAGGACGACGCUGACGAGCUGGAGAGGUUUGUCAGCUGUUUGCUGGAGGAACCCGAGGUUUCUGUGGUUGGAGCCGGACGAGGACCUGCUGGAAACAUCAUUCAUAAGCUGUUCGUCAGCUCUCAGCGGUUGGUCGACUCCAGCGACGAGGCCGCUCUGCUGGCGCCGCUGGAGGACGAGGCGGGUCGUUCUGGAGGGACAGACGACAGGAAAGCGGUUCCAGAUUUCCCGCCCCCUGCUGGACGGGAGGUUCUGCUGCGCACCUGUGUGCCGCGGCCCGCGCCGUACUCCAAAGCCCUGCCGCAGCGGCUCUUCUGCGUGCUGACCCGAGACGAGUUCAGGCUCGCCGGCGUCUUUUCCUCCGACACCUCCUUCUUCUGAGCGAUCGACGAGAAACGGCACGAAACCAGGCCGCUGGUGCUGGAGUCCUGUUCUUACAGGGACAUUCUAAAACGCUUCACGUGAAACACGCUUAACGUGGCUUAAUGCCUUAAUACAGAGUUUUUAAAAGACCAAACUCAGUAAACACAUUAUUAAUAAAUCAUACUAUAUACAGACAAGCAGAG